AUGGCGGUGGCGGGAGGUUGGGGCAGCGUCGGGGAGAUGUUUAUUACUAAGAUUCUUACAUUUGAUAUGUGUCAGGAUGGUCGUCGGGUGCAUGUCAUUGAGAGAGAUCUGACAGAACCUGACAGAAUUGUUGGUGAACUGUUGCAACCUGGGGGUUACCUAAAAUUAAUUGAGCUGGGCCUCGAAGAUUAUGUGAAAGAAAUUGAUGCCCAAUGCGUCCUUAGUUACGCAUUAUUCAAAGAUGUAAGGAACACAAAGCUUGCUUAUCUCUUGGAGAAGCUCCAUUCUGAUGUUGCUGAGCAAGGAGCUGUUACAUCACUUCUUGAGGAAAAUGGUACUGUUAAGGUGUUCAAUACAAAACCAAGUCAGGUUGAUGUUCCAUCAUGUUUUGUUGGGCUGGUAUUGGAGAAUUGCCAACUUCCACAUCCAAACCAUGGCCAUGUUAUCUUGGCCAAUCCUUCUCCAAUCCUAUUUUACCCAAUUAGCAGCACAGAGGUGCGCUGUUUGGUUGAUGUCCCUGGUCAGAAGGUGCCUUCCAUAGCUAGUGGUGAAAUGGCAAAUUAUCUCAAAACUGUUGUUGCACCCCAGAUUCCUCCAGAAAUCUACGACUCUUUCAUAGCUGCCAUUGAUAAGGGAAGCAUAAGAACAAUGCCAAAUAGGAGCAUGCCAGCGGCUCCAGACCCAACCCCUGGUGCACUUUUGAUGGGGGAUGCAUUCAAUAUGAGACACCCUUUGACUGGUGGAGGAAUGACUGUUGCAUUAUCUGACAUCGUUGUCCUACGUAAUCUCCUCAAGCCUCUCCGCAAUCUUCAUGACGCAUCUUCCCUGUGCAUGUACCUUGAAUCGUUCUAUACAUUGUGGAAGCCAGUUGCUUCCACAAUAAACACAUUGGCCGGUGCUCUGUACAAGGUCUUUAGUGCCUCACCUGAUCAAGCUAGGAAUGAGAUGCGCCAAGCUUGCUUCGAUUGCUUGAGCCUUGGAGGCGUCUUCUCAAAUGGGCCUAUUGCUCUACUCUCAGGUCUUAAUCCUCGGCCACUGAGUUUAGUUGCACUCUUUGCUGUUGCUAUCUAUGGUGUUGGCCGCCUGAUGCUCCCGCUCCCUUCACCUAAACGAAUGUGGAUUGGAGCCAGACUGAUUUCUGGUGCAUGUGGCAUCAUCCUCCCUAUCAUCAAAGCUGAAGGCGUGAGACAAAUGUUCUUCCCUGCUGCUGUACCCGCAUACUACCGGGCGCCACCAGCAUGA